CUCCUCGUGCUUGUUAUUGGUUAGCAUCUCAUCCUUAAUUCAAUGUCCCCUCCAUCCCCAAUCCCCCUUCAUCCCCUCCCCGUUUCCAAUUACGUGCAUCUGCACCACAAACUGCAGUAUUUCGGGAUUUCUCUUUGACAGGCACGCACCCGUCACUUUCUGCUAUGGCUACCGCGCUCCUCCAUAAUUCUCCCCGUAGUCUUCUUUGCCUUCCUGUUCGCCGCGGUCCUCUCCUCCUUUCUCAGAUUGCCAGCCCCACCGUCGCAAAAAGACCCUUUGCGUCCAGACGGUCCGCCGCUAUCAAAGAUGAAGACCAGGUAUCGGAAGAUGACCUGAGCGCCGCGCGUCAAUGGCUAGCUAGCUUCAGCUCCAAGACAAUCCCGCGUGACAUCUGUGAAGUCUCCUUCAGUCGUUCGGGUGGCCCGGGGGGUCAAAACGUGAACAAGGUCAACUCGAAGGCCACCUUAAAGGUGUCGCUUGAUUCAUUACUGCCACUGGUGCCCCGGAUCUUGCAUUCCCCGCUGCAAGCAACCCACUACAUCGCACCGAGGACUCGCAGUCUGGUUAUCCAGUCAGAAGAAUCCCGCAAGCGGAAUGAAAAUGUGGAGUCGUGCUACGACAAGCUCCACCAGCUUAUCAAGAGAACAGCGUUGGAUGCUAUCCCUGGGGAAACGUCGCAAGAGCAAAAAGACCGAGUCCAAAAACUGCAAAAGGCCGCAAACGAGGCUCGUAUCAAAUCGAAGAAGUUCCUCAGUAGCAAGAAGAGUAGCAGACGAGGCAGUAAAGACGAUUAAUACAAUGCUAACUUUUUCAUAACCCCUCAUGCUGCUUGCUAACGCAGUCUGAAAAUGGUAAAUCCCGUUCAACGCCUGCACAUAACUUGAAUAAUAUUGCAUAAAAUCUAAAGUCCCUGAACAACGCGCUCUGCAUUUCGGAUAGUGGCAGAAAUGGCUUUGUGCAGUGAAGGAUCCAGGCCUUCGGUCUUCUCGAGUGGUUGCAACCAGCUGAUGACCUCCUUGGCCACAGAGGGGUUGUUGCGAUGAGCCGUAAGACGGCCGAACGAUGCGGCAAAAGCACGCGGGAAUUCAGGCGAAGUCACUUGUACUCCUGCUGUGGGGAGCUUGAUAUGACAGAUGUGUGUAUGGGGACUGUCGGGCUUCGCUUUCUGCAUGGAAUCAACCACAUGCUGCAGAAUCUUGCGCAGGCAUGGCAGGUCGUCGUAUUCGGUCGCCAUAUCAUA